GUCAGCUUUGGGAAUGAUGGUGAACCAAAACCGGGAUUAGGGAACAAUUUGAGCAGGAGAAACCCUUAGCAAAAACAGAGUUAACUUGUAUGUAUAAAAUUCGUUAGACUCGUCCGACCGACGGUGUAACCUGCGGCAGCCAUAUGUCAACACUUGUGAAUGGAUACUAGACUUAAACGAAUACAAAAACUGGGGAGGAAAAACCCCGCAGUCUACUUUGGAUCAAGGGUAAGCCUGGCGCAGGGAAGUCGACGUUAAUGGCAUUCCUAUACAAUAGGCUUAAGAAGAGAUGCAAGAAACAGCGACAGGGCAUUAAUUUCGAGUCCUUCUUCAAUGGUCGAGGGGCAGAGCCACAGCGGACACCACUUGGAAUGCUGCGCUCGUUAUUAAAUCAGCUCUUUCGGAAGGACGUGGUGGUACGCCUUCUGGUAAGGGACGAAUACCAUGAGAAGUUCUGUGUCUUUGGAGAGAGCGGAUAUGGCUGGUGUUGGCAACGGCAGGAUUUGGAACAACUGCUUCAAGAUUCCAUUGUCUUGUUAGCUCAACAACAGCAAGUUACGAUCUUGGUCGACGAACUAGACGGAGCAGGCACACAAUUUGCGUUGGAGAUUACUGCGUAUUUCUACCGGGUUACUGACUCAGUUGCUGCCAAGAUGGCAUCGGCAAAAAUAUGUAUU